AUGUCUGAGAAGUUUGUUCAUGCUGUUUUGAAUCAUGGUGAACAUUCUUCUGUGUUUCGUGUUAAUACUUUAAUCACCGUUGAUGAAUUGAAGCAUUUUGCCUGUAAGCAGUGGAGGUCUUUGUCCCCUUUGAGUAUACGUUUUUCCUAUAUGGAUACUAAUCAAGUAGUUUUUAUACAAGGUGAUAUACAACUUCAAGGUUUAGUUGCUCUUGUUAUUCAGAUGAACAAUGAAGAUUUCUAUUUGAAUGUUGAUGUGAUUCUGAAGCAUACUGGUUGUAGCACUAGUUCAAGGUCUUUGUCUCGUUCUAAUUCUGGUUGUAGCAGUAUUUCUGGUGCUAGUACUUCAAACUCUUGUGUAAGUGAAAGUCCUAAGCUUGUAAGGGUGGUCGAUCAUGACGCGGACAAGGCCAAGCCUCUCAUUAUCGAUGAAUGGCGUUAUGUUUUUGACAGUAUUGGUAGAGAAUUUGUGGGUGGUGUUAAAGCUAGUCCUGUGGUGAAAACCAAGUUAGUUAAGCAUUUGAUCGUUGAUAGUAUACAGGGUGAUCCCACUUUAAAACCCAAACAGAUCAUGUCACUCUUUAAGAAGACUUAUGGGUCCAAUAUUAAGUAUCACCAUGCCCGUAGAGGGAAAGAAGUUGUAUUUGAAGAUCAAUAUGGUGAUGACGAGAAGUCGUAUAGCGAUUUAAAUUGCUAUAGGUAUCUCAGGCCCAUGAUUUACUUGGACGCUGCUUUCCUCAUUGGUAGAUUCAGCGGUACUUUGAUGGCUGCAAUAUGUGUCAAUGGAAAUGAUGGUUUUUACCCAUAUGCCUUUGCUAUUGUUUUAUCUGAAAAUAAAGACAAUUGUUUUUGGUUUCUAGAUAAUCUUCAACAAGUGGUCGAUGAUCGUCCGAUUAUUUUCCUUAGUGAUCAUCACGAAGGACUUAUGCAGGGCAUUCCAAGAGCAUUUCCUGGUUCAUAUCACAGCUAUUGCUUUUACCACAUCAAGUGCAAUCUCCCUAUUGGAAAAGGUGAUGCGAAUUAUAAUGUCGUUAUUGAUUUGUUUUACAAAGCUGCUUACUCUUACACAGCAACGAACUUUGAAGAAGCUUUGUGGGGCAUGCAUGCAAUUGGUUGUGAAAAUGUUGCUAAUUAUCUCAGGACCAUUCCAAAGAAGAAAUGGGCAAAUGCAUUUUUCCAUGUAUGCAGAUAUGCUGCUCACUCUUCAUCUAUUGCCGAGUCAUUCAAUAACUGGAUUCUUGAGUUCAAAAAGCUGCCUGCUUUUGCUCUUUUCGAUGCGAUACAUUUGAAGGUUAUGCAGAUGAAUUCUAAGAGAAGGGUAGAAGGUCUUGAAAAUUUUAACACUAGGAUCACUCCCGUAUACGAGGAUUUACUAAACGAGAACAUCAUCAUUGGUCGUACUAGGACUGUUGUUGAGUCUAUGGAAAGAUUGUAUGAAGUCAGGUCUCCCCGCACUCAUUUUGUAGAUCUGUUGGAGAGAACUUGUACAUGUCACAGGUGGAAAGUAAAUGGUUUUUCCUGCGCACAUGCUUGUGCUGCCAUUCAAUCUACAAGGGAGGACAUCUAUUCAUUUGUUGAGCCAUACUUCACCACUGAAUGGUACAGCAGGACAUACCAAGAGAUCAUCUUGCCAAUCCCCAAUUAUGACAAGCCGCAGUCUUAUGAUCCUAGUGAUAGGAUUAUUGUUCCUAUUCUUGUGCCUCCACCCGGUAGACGAAGAGAACAUCGUUUCAAUAAGGCUUGGGAGAAGCAAAAGAGGCCUAUGAUGUGCACAAAGUGCUUCACUCUUGGUCACCACAACAGAGUUACCUGUCCCAUGCCUUGA